AUGGAUUCCUUUAGCGAGGCGAAUAUGCUUGGGAGAGGAAGCUUUGGUUCUGUAUUUAGAGGGGUGCUUAAAGAUGGACUGAGUAUUGCUGUGAAGGUGUUCAAUUUAGAGUUAAAAGGCGGUAGCAAGAGCUUCGAAGUUGAAAGUAGAAUAUUGAGCAAUAUUCGACACAGAAACUUAUUUCGAGUAAUUGGUUGUUGUACCAACAUGGAAUUCAAAGGGUUGAUUCUUGAAUUCAUGCCGAAUGGAAGCUUAGAGAAAUGGUUAUACUCGGACAACUAUUUUGUAGAUAUUCUACUGUUGUUGAAUAUCUCGAUAGAUGUUGCGUUAGCUCUGGAGUAUCUUCAUCAUGGCUAUACAUUCCCAGUUGUGCAUUGCAAUAUAAAGCCAAGCAAUGUGUUGCUCGAUGAGAACAUGGCUGCUCGUGUUGCUGAUUUUGAUAUUUCGAAGCUUUUUGAGGAAGGGGAGGCUAUGGUUCAAACUAAAACCUUGGAUACUAUUGGUUAUGCAGCACCAGAGUAUGGAUCAGAAGGGAAAGUAUCGACGAGUGCUGAUGUAUACUAUACAGUUUUGGAAUAUUAUUAUUGGAGAUGUUUACAAGAAAGAAGCCUACGGAUGAUAUGUUUGAUGGGGAAAUGA